AUGGGCAUGAGUGCCAGAAUUGAUGGCGUUUGCAUGGUUCAGCAAGUGGCAUUCUUUAAUUCUCGAGCUGCGGCAUCGACCACUCGCUGUGAGUGGAGGUGUUCGGUGGUGACGUCAGGUUGCGACGUCGUUCCGUGCAUCGGGCCAAAUAGUGCGCUGGGCUGCAGUGCUGCCCGUGAUGCACGCUCAUCUUGUUUUUUUUGUUUUUGCAUCGAUGCUCGUUCCCGCUGUCGUGCAAUGGGGCUCGGUAGAGCCAGACGUGCUACCGUCAUGGCGGUGGUUUUCGCUUACUUGUGCCAUCGAACUUGCUUCUUCGAUGGCUCCUUCUCGCCGAUGGCUGUCAAAGCUGGUUGCGCGAGACUGGACACGGCUCCGGUUUUCUGGCAGCACCCCGAGGACGCGGAGUGGAUGCGGAAGUACGGUUUCGGUUCGGAGACGCUGGCGGCCUUCUUGAGACUCUGGGAGGUGUUCUCGGACGUGUGCGGAAAUGAUCUGCGUCUGGUUCGCAUCGGAAAGAAGGAUCAGUUGCCGGACUUUCGCGUGGAUCAUUCGGCGCACCCGGUCGAUGACGGAGGAUGGUCGGUGGCGGCUCAGCUGUUGUGCGCUCUGGAGUCCGGGGAGUAUGUCGUGCGAAUGGCAAACCAGGAUCUUCUGGCCGUUCGUUUGACGGGAGCUGCUGCUUCGUCUCGUGAGAAGGUUUUGGCCUUGGGCCCGUCUUUGCAGCCGCUGACAUGCAAGCUGCGCCCGUGCGACAGGGCACGGCAGCGGGAGCAUGCCGCUUCUUUUCAGUGA